AUGUGCGCAUUAUAUGUCGCAAUGACUUUUACAACCGUAUCGGAGAAGUUAUUGAUAAGGAUGAAGCAUCUUCAAAUGGCGAUGGAAUGUUUGGUAUUGAAUGAGAACGUUCAUUUCCUUCAUAGGCUGAUCUUGGCGGUUGGAAAUGCGCUGAAUGUUGGAACUGUUCGUGAAGGGUUGAAAUAUUUUAAGCUAUCGACUUUUGGCAAGUUGGCAGAUGUUCGAGGCAAUGAGGGGAUGACAUUACUGAAUUAUUUGAGUCAUUUUACGGGGGAAUUAUGCACUCUAGAUGAGUAUAAGUUCUUGACCAAAGCGGCUCAGUAUGGAGUAAUUACGACCUAUAAUGCAGCCCGGGAUUUAAUCAACACUUACGUGGUGCUUGCGGGCCUUCAUUCAGAUUCCAAAUUGAUGCCCCGUAAUUCUGCAAGUAUGCCAGAUUGUUUUGAGCAGGUGGCGGCCAAGUACGCCGGCAAUUUACACGAUCACGCCAAGAUGUUUGUCGAAAGAUAUUAUGGCUUCCUUGCUUCCUAUACGGCUGCUGCAUAUUUCUUUGGGGAUCCUAACGCUGUCCUGCCACUUGAUGGUACGUGUAAUAAGAAAACAGAUGAAGAAGAAGAUAAAGACUUAUUGCUAAGAUAUAUCAACAUUAUUAACACGAUAAAGACUCAUUAUCAUAAACAGUUCCAACUACCUAGGCAACCUCAAACCCCGGACGUUAUACCUCCUCAAAAACGUGUUCGCGCAUCUUUCGAUCAUGGCGCAUCUUUCGAUCAUGGCGCAUCUUUCGACCAACGUCAGACACAGGAAACCGUCUGGACAGAUUACGCACCCAAACAUACGACCAGGACCGAUACCGGUACCGUUAAUGGUAAUGAUGUAACCGCUGGCGAUAAAAUGGGCAUAUCUGAAAUGGUCAGGAAAGCGAAAACGAUCGGCAGAGCUCGAACUAUGGAUACCGCCGGCGUGGCGCUAGAAACAGAAACUAGAGGCCAGACUCCUUUGGGCAGACGACCGGGAAUAUCGGAGCGAAGCACCGUCAUCCGAUCCAGAACAAAGCUUGGGGCGAACGGCAAAAGUGAUCCACUCGCCGCUACAACCACUGCUCGGUAUCCCGCCAGACAGCAAUCACAUGAACUACAACAAGGCGACGCGCCUACCAAGAUCAAUACCGCGGAAAACACAGAGGGGGCGACCCAAUAUACAGGCAUGCAGGAAAACCGGGCGCUAUCAAAUUUGGCGCCGAUGAGUUUCUCAGAUCUUCCGCCUCCCCUGGCUACCUUUGCUCCCUCCGCCGUGGCUCCCUCCGCAGUGGCCAAGAGACGACGACCGAUGCUGUUACGGAAGUACAAGCCCUCGGGACCGCCAGUGAACACUUCGCUGAUUCUCAAAACUGCGAUGGCGCGGGGGGACUCCGGAAUGACGACGACCAACUCGAACAUGACCAGCACGGAAAUGACAGAAAACGUGCGAAAGAAUGUCCGUAUGAGCAUCUCCAAUACCUACAGCUUCGCUAAAAAACAGAUAAACGAGGACGACUGA